AUGGCUCCUCACGCAAACGGCUCUAGCAACAUGGAUGGUGCAUUCUCCCAAUCCUCUAACCAAGACUUGUUCACGGUCAGCUCUCCAAAUGUUAUCUACACUGAUGACGAGAUUCGCUCCAAGUACAAUUACCGUACAACCUCAGUCUCUCAGACUGCCAAUGGCAAAUUUGUUGCUACUCCCAAAGACACUGUCUAUGACUUCAAGGUUGACCGUAAGAUUCCCAAGACAGGUAUGAUGCUUGUCGGUUGGGGUGGAAACAAUGGUACAACUGUCACUGCUGGUAUCAUUGCUAAUCGUCGUGGGCUUUCAUGGGCUACUCGCGAGGGUACUCGUGAUGCUAACUACUAUGGUUCUGUUGUCAUGGGCUCAACCAUGAAGCUUGGUACCAACGCAAAGACUGGUGAUGAUGUCAACAUUCCUUUCCACAAUGCCUUGCCAAUGGUUCAUCCUAAUGACUUGGUCAUUGGUGGUUGGGACAUCAGUGGUUUCAACUUGUCUGAUGCCAUGGAUCGUGCUGGUGUCCUUGAACCUACCUUGAAGGCACAAAUCAAGAAAGAGAUGACUGAUUUGGUUCCACUUCCUGGUCUCUACUAUCCAGACUUCAUUGCUGCCAACCAAGAAGAUCGUGCCGACAACCUCAUUCCAGGCAGCAAGGCUUGCAAUGAGCAUGUCGAGAAGAUCCGUCAGGAUAUCCGUGACUUCAAAGCCAACAAUGGACUCGACAAGGUCGUCGUUCUGUGGACUGCCAACACUGAACGUUUCGCCGAUCUCAUUGAUGGUGUUAACGACACUGCCGAGAAUCUUUUGAAAGCUAUUGAGAACGGACAUGAGGAAGUUGCUCCGUCUACCAUCUUCGCUGUUGCUUGCAUUCUCGAAAACGCACCUUUCAUCAAUGGUUCUCCACAAAACACAUUCGUUCCUGGUUGCAUUGAGCUCGCAGAGAAACAUGGUUCCUUCAUUGGUGGUGAUGAUUUCAAAUCUGGUCAAACCAAGAUGAAGUCUGCUCUUGUCGACUUCUUGAUCAGUGCUGGUAUCAAACUUACUGCUAUCUCCAGUUACAAUCAUCUUGGUAACAACGAUGGAAAGAAUCUCAGCUCCCAAAAGCAAUUUCGUUCCAAGGAGAUCUCCAAAUCUAAUGUCGUCGAUGACAUGGUAGCAGCUAAUACUGUUCUUUACAAGGAAGGUGAACACCCUGAUCAUUGUGUCGUCAUCAAAUACAUGCCAGCUGUUGGUGAUAACAAGCGUGCUCUUGAUGAGUACUAUGCUGAGAUCUUCAUGGGAGGUCAUCAAACCAUUUCUCUAUUCAAUGUUUGCGAGGAUUCCCUUCUUGCUUCUCCAUUGAUCAUUGAUCUUGUUGUCAUUGCAGAGAUGAUGACUCGUAUUCAAUGGAAGGCUCAUUCCACUGAUGGUGCCACCACCAAGGAUUACAAGAACUUCCACAGUGUUCUCAGUAUUCUCAGUUACAUGCUCAAGGCUCCUUUGACUCCACCUGGAGCUCCAGUUGUUAACGCACUUGCCAAGCAACGUGGUGCUUUGACCAACAUCUUCCGUGCUUGUGUUGGUCUUGAGCCUGAGAAUGAUAUGACUUUAGAGCACAAGCUUUAUUAG